AUGACUGAACAUCUUAAAGGAGACGGUGGUGAAUCGGGAACGCUGCCCGCGCUGGAGGCUCACACCUCCAGCUCUAUCAUAUCCCAGCUCAGUACGAACCACGCUGGGUCUUGCGAUAUGGAAGAGGAGAAGGAGGAAGUGAGAGCCAUCACUGGGGUCAAGUGGAUUUUGGUUGUGACUGCUAUCUUGUCCAGCCAUAUGCUCUUCGCUCUCGAUAAUACCAUUGUGGCUAAUAUUCAACCGGCUAUUGUAGCGCAAUUCAAUGAAGCUGAUCAGAUUUCAUGGCUCUCUGUCGGAUUUACUCUUUGCUCUUCUGCAACCGUGCUUCCUUGGUCCAAGGUGUACGCGACUUACAAUGCCAAAUGGCUUUAUAUCGGGUGCGUCAUUCUGUUUAUGGCAGGUUCCGGUCUGUGUGGGGGUGCUCCGAACAUGAAUUCUAUGAUCGUUGGCAGAGCAAUGGCUGGCGCUGGAGGAAGUGGCAUGUACUUCGGUGUCUUGACACAAUUGUCCGUUAAUACGACAGUGUCUGAACGUCCCUUCUAUAUUGGAUUGACUGCUGUCUCAUGGGGUAUCGGAACAGUCACCGGUCCGGCCAUUGGAGGCGCAUUCGCUGAAAGUUCCGCUACCUGGCGUUGGGCCUUCUACAUCAAUCUUGUUAUUGGAGCAGCCUUCGCCCCGGUAUAUCUCCUUCUCCUACCUUCAUUCGAGCCCCUCCCAAAUGCCACCUCUAAGGAAAAGGCAAUGAAUAUCGACUGGGUUGGCAGCGUCCUUUUUAUAGGUGCUUUAACUACCUUAAUUAUGGGCAUUGACUUUGGAGGUGUGGAAUGGCAAUGGGGCAGCGGUCAGUCAAUUGCUCUCUUUGUGGUGUCAGGCGUGCUCUUCGUCGUAUUUGGGGUACAGCAGACCUUCUUCAUCUUUUGCAAUGAGCAAACCCGACUGUUCCCGAUUCACUUCCUCAAAAGACGCUCCCUGUUGCUUUUAUUUAUUCUCAACACGAGUGCCAGCAGCGGGCUGUUUAUUGCGGUUUAUUACAUCCCAUUAUUCUUCCAGUUCACACAGGGAGAUACGGCCAUCCACACGUCGUUGCGUCUUCUACCUUUCGUGCUGGUCCUUAUCUUCACGAUCAUUGCAAACGGCCACAUGAUGUCUAAGUUCGGGUACUAUAUUCCAUGGUACUUCUUCGGUGCCGCCUUUGAGCUGAUCGCCGCCGUGUUGAUGUAUCGCGUCAAGGCCGAUACCUCUGCCAGUGCAAUAUACGGAUACACAGCUCUGAUGGCCUUGGGCGUUGGUGCCUACAAUCAGGCAGGCUACAGUGUGGUGCAGGCAAAGGUUCCGAAAGCUGAGAUCCCAUGGGCCUUGGGCUUCAUGAUGGUUUCCCAACUGGGAGGCAUUGUCUUAGCCUUGGGCAUGGCAGGUGCUAUCUUCGUCAACAAGACAACAAAGGAACUUCUACAGUUGCUCCCGGAUUCCAAUCCUGCUGAUGUCAAGAAUUCCAUUGCGGGAACUUCUAGUGGAUUCUUCAAGACCCUAACGAAGUCGCAGCAGACCGCAGCUCUGGAUAUUAUUGUUUCCGCCAUCGAUGAUGUAUAUGUUCUUUUAAUCGUUGCCGGUGCGCUCGGUGUCCUCCUCUCGCUCUUCUUGAAGCGUGAGAAGUUGUUCAUGGAAGCAGCAGCCGGUGGUGCUUAG